GUUUGAUGCCACUUGGAACACCACAACGUCCAAGUAUUGAACACUUAUACAGAAACUUAAAAACAUCACACGCAAACCUACUGUCCAUAAGCAAAGCCAUCAUGGCCGACACAGCAGCCCCCCAGACACCACCUCAGAUGGUGAGAAAGAAGUCGGGUGUGGAUUCUGCGAAGAAAAGUGUCAAGUCAAAACCCUCAGAUGCCAAAUCCCAAGUAUCAGAAGCGAAGGCCACUGAUGCUCCGGAUCAGCCUGAAUUGGAGGAACAUACCGAUUCCGGUGUCGACGGUUUGAAUACGAGUAAUGACGAGGAAGAAAACAAAGAUCUAGACGAGGAAUCGUCUAGCGAGGUAAUGCCCGCAGGCAGUAUUAAUAAUCAAGGUCAGGUUAUAGAUUCAUCUGGAUCUGUGAUUGGUACGUACUUGUGCUUAUGGUUUUCUUGUAAUCUCAAUGAACGCUAAUCUCUUACGGGUUUAGGCAAAGUCAGUGGCGAGAAUGCUUCUCUGUUAGAGGGCAGUUACGUGGACGAAGAGGGUGAGUAAUCCUGUUAAAUUAAGAAACCAAGUCGUUAAUCUGGACACUCCCAUAAAUUGUUCUACUACUGUUCUAUCCCAAAAGCCUCGCAAGAUUGAAUUGGUUUUGCGAGUCAUUUGGGACAAUUGACACUCCUGAUUCUCCAUUGACAUAAGUUUACUGGGACAAUUGAGUUGCUUAUGCCAAACUUUUAAUACACUCCUUCUAUAUAUUGUGCCAAGAGUCAUAAAAAGGUAUCUUACUGCGUAAUAUGGUAACUGACAACCUUUUUCCAGGGGAUGUACUUGAUACCGAGGGUAAUACCAUCGGGCAUGCGGACCUAGACCUGGAGUCUCUGAAAAAAGGAGGCUCAGAAGCCGCCGGGGCAAAGUCUGCUGCCGGUGAUUUAGAAAAGCCAGAAGCGACUGAAGACCUAGGCAAGUCCCAAAAAGGAGAUUUGGAGAGCGCCGCGGAUGAAACCUUCGAAGAGGGCUCACAAAAGCCUGACGUCGAGGCCCCAGAAAAAUCGGACAUCGACGGCUCGCAAAAGCCAGAUAUUGAUGCACCAGAGGAAUCUGAGAUAGAGGGUUCUCAAAAGCCUGAUGUUGACCUUCGAGAAAAGUCUAACAUUGAGGGUUCUCAAAAGCCAAUUGAUGACGUCGAGAAGCCAGAUGUCUCCGCCGCCGACAGACCUGAGGUAGCUGAUACUGGAAUCAACGAUGCCACCACCGAAAAGCAAGAUGAGCCGGAGGUUGAGAAGCCAGAUGUUGAGGGUAGCCAAAAGCCACUCGAUGACGCUGCCUCCCAAAAACCAACUGUUCCGGAUAUUGACGCCAGCAAACAAGCAGAGGAUGUGGAAAAACCUACACUUACCGGUCCCUACGGGGUCCAGGAUAAUGGAGAAAUCACUAAUUCCUCUGGGAUCGUAAUUGGGAAACUCAUUGAUGGUACGCCACAGGAUCUAGUGGGUACCUCGAUCAAGGAUAUUGAUUCGGAGGGUAAUUUGGUUGGAAAAGAUGGUUCAAUUCUAGGAAAAGCUGAUUUGAUUUCCAAAUUGGCAUCUGAGGCAGGUGCGCCUGAGUUGAUUGGGCCAUUCGAAGUGGACGGGCCUGAGGUGAAGAACGCUGCUGGCCAGUUGGUGGCAAAACUGCCGUCUGGUGUGUCUGUCGGCUCUAAAUCGAUCAAAGAAAUUGAUAUCGAAGGAAAUUUGAAGAAUGGUAAGUGGUUAUACUAUUUAGACUCCUUUUUAUAUAUAGAUGCUAAUAGAUGUCCGCAGAAGCUGGAAGUAUCAUUGCUAAGGCCGAAUUGAUUCCCGAGGUCCUCGAAGCCGAAGAAGCAAAGCUAGAAGACCUCAGUAUCUUGAAGGGAAUGACGGUAAACAAGAUGGGGCGAGUCGUUAAUGAGAAGGGAGAGCCUUACGGAAUACUUGUCGAAGGAGGUAAGUUGAUUUGUUUUGUUCUAAAUCGCUCGUCUAAAUAUUUUGGUUGUGCAUAGCUUUUAGGAUAAUUGACUUUCCCUCAACCCGUCCUUUUCUAUCUAAUGCUAAUGUACCCGCCGCCAGAUCCAAAAAGGCUCUUUGGGAAGAAGGUUGAUGCUAAAGGUCUAAUUUGGGACGACUCCGGAAACACCAUUGGUAGAGCAGGUUCGUUGCAGUCUCUUGGGUUCACCCUCGCUUAGCUAACUGAGAGCAGAAUUGCUUCCAGAAAAGGAGCGAGGUACCGCCGAGGUGUCUUCACCCUUCGAAGACUUUCCAGAUGCAGUUCUCAAUGACAAAGGAGAGGUGAUAUUCGAAGGCCGUGUCGUUGGCAAGGUCAAGCCCGAAGAUGGCUUGGACAUCAAAUCCCUCGAAGGUAAAAAGAUAGACCAAGACGGUGACGUCAUUGACAAGAAUGGGAAUCGAUUGGCAAGCUGUGAGCGUUAUCAGGAAGAAGAGGAAGUUAUUCCAGAGGAAGAACCUGAAGAUCUAUCCAUAUUGGAGGGAAAGAAGGUCAACAGUGAGUUUUUACACAACACACCCGCCUGACUAUACUGAUAUUUACCGCGCUAGAAAUGGGCAAUGUCGUGGAUCCAGAUACAGGAAAACUCUUCGGUCGUGUUAUUUCUGGCGUUCUCUCAAAGCUUAUUGGACGUAAAUGCAAUUCCGAGGGGAUCAUAUAUUCAGACUCUGCAAAGCCUAUCGGCCAGGCAGAAUUGAUUCCAGCAGACGAGAGAGACGAGGAUGGCACAUCCGGGCCAUUCGAAGACUUCCCCGAUGCCACUAUUAACAACAAAGGCGACGUAAUUUUCGAAGAGAAAAUUGUUGGCAAACUGAUUGAAGGAGGUAGGUUCACUAAAACCGUCCGAUUUCUAUGCAAUAUUAAUUUAUGACGCUAGAUCCAAGGAAACUAGCGGGAAAGAGAGUUGAUCCAGAUGGCGAGGUGAAAGACAUAGAGCCCGAGUUCCUUGUUGACAGUCACUAAUUUGAAUGGAAUAUAGAUCCUAGAUAAAGUUGGAAAUUGCAUCGGGAGAGCAGAACGUUACGACGAACCCGAAGAGGCCGAGCCAGAAAAGAUUGAUCUGUCGCCGCUAGCCGGUAAAAAGGUCAAUAAAGCCGGUUUCGUUGUGGAUUCCCACGGAUUGAUCUAUGGAAGAUUGGUCGAAGGAGGUUCGUAUAGUUGAUUUACUAAAUCCGUCCUUUUCUCUAUUCAAUACUAAUUUACCAUUCUGGAACAGAUCCGAAGGCCUUAGUCGGAAGAAUGUGUGAUAAAGACGGAAACGUCUGGUCAGAAGGAGGAACCAUAGUCGGUCGUGCUGGUAUGUAAAGAGAUGGCGGCAUAAUAGUCGCUUAGUUUCUAACGGUUAUUAGAACUCGUGCCAGAAAGUGAGAGAGAAGGUGCCAAAGAGGGCCCAUUUGCUGGCUUCGACACCCCUACAGUUACGAAAGAUGGCAAGGUUCAAGACUCCAAGGGUACAAUCAUCGGGAAGCUUGUCGAAGGCGCCGACGCCGCUAGAUUAUACGGGAAACUGGUUGACGAGGACGGUGACGUUGUGGAUAAGAAUGGUAAUACACUAGGGAAAGCGGAAAGGUGGGAUCCACCGGCUGAGCCUGAGAAAAAGAAAAACCCGGUUGAGGGCCGCAAGAUUAAUCGAGAUGGGAACGUUCUGGACGACGACGGGGAUGUCAUUGGAAAACUAGUUUCGGGAGAGAUUGGGCUCUGCGUGGGAAAAGAAAUUGACCAGGUAAGCUGCACUGAGUCACACUUAGUAUUAUGGCCAUACUGAUCCGUUAUAGGAUGGUGACAUCGUAAACUCCAAGGGACAGACGCUGGGACAUGUCAGUUUGCUUGAAGAUAUCCCAGAGCCUGAGCCAGAACCAGAACCAGAACCAGAGGUAGAGGAAGAAGUUGAGGACCCUGAAGAAGUUGAGAAGAAAAAACAACUCGAACAAGACAGGAAGCUUGCCCAACAAAUGGCUGGUUGUAUCCAACAGUCCAUUGACAAGAUCAAGCCGAUCUUGAGAAUGAUCACAGACGUAUGUUCCACCUUUUAUAGUUCUAGAAUAAGCUAACCAACUUCUAGGUCAUCGACGCAGCCGAACGCCAGUCAAAGGAAGAUCUUGACGAGCAAAAGCUGGUCGAUACCGUCAAGCCACUCAUCGAAGAAGGUGGCCAAAUUCUCCAAGAGGCUAAUGGUGUUAUUCGUGGGCUUGAUCCUGAUGGAAGGAUUGCUGCCAAUGCGAAGGCUAAGACUGCUUCUCGUGAAGCUACCCCGGAGGAGUACCAUCUGGCCGACGUUCUCAAAGAAGUAUGUAGAACCUCAUUUAUACAUACUUGAAGCACGCUAACCUACUUCUUAGUUGACCGAGAACGUUCAUACCACGAUCGAGCAAGCCAAGAAGAAGAUCGCAGGUAUGCCUCAUGCAAAGAAAGAGUUGAACCCCUUAUGGGGAUUGUUAGCCGAGCCUCUGGGUCAAAUUCUUGCAGCUGUCGGGUUGUUACUCAGCGGCGUUCUCGGUUUGGUUGGGAGACUUCUCAGCGGAUUGGGCCUUGGUGGUCUUUUGGACAACCUUCUCGGUGGUCUUGGACUGAAGGGUAUUUUGAACGGGUUGGGAUUAGGGAUGGUGACUGAUUCGUUAACCGGAAAGAAGAAGAAGUGAAGUGCUGAUUGACUUUUGUACUAUAUAACGAAAAGUUUCUUUUGUAUCUUUACUUUAAUUGGGAUGGAAUCGCUAUUAUAAGAAAUGUUUUCUUUUAG